AUGGCAGGCACUUCGGAUCCCUCUUUUUCACCGGAAAGCGAAAACGAACAAUUAAUUCGUCGCACCUCCAGACGCGUCGCACAGAUCGGAGAAUCCAGUAGAUCGGGCUCCGAAAUCCAAUCUCUUCUAACUCGCUGCUCAGCUGGAGCGCCAUCAUCACAGACUCUUCCACCAGCUCAUCAUGAAGACAGGAAUAACAAACUGACUCACGAUGUAUUGGCGCAAGAAGAAGACCGAUUCGCGCCUUUAGGAAUCUCAAUCGAAGAUAUCGAUCCUUUGUUAGAUCAUAAAGGACGAAUUGGAGGCGAUAAGAGUUUGAGUUCGAUCAAAACCGUGAACGAUAUGCUGAACUCAUGUGGUCUAUUUAACAACAACGUCACAAUUCUGAUCCCUCAAGCCGACCAGCGCCCCUGGAAUCCGCCGGAAGGGUACAUAUGCUUGUACGAGGGUUAUUUUACUGAAUGUCGCCUCCUAUUUCCAAUCCCAGCGCUGAUAUCGCUCUAUGCCCAGAGACGCAGGAUAGCGAUCUGCCAGUUUGUCCCUGGAGCCAUUUGUAACUUCAUGGCUGCCCUUACCAUUGCGGCCGAAGUCGGAGUUAACAUUGGAGUUCGGUGUUUUGAGCAACUGUCAAACUUCAAAUCAUCAAAGAGUCCGAAUCGUUGGGAAGUGAAUAUGAGACCGGCGCACAAUUUCCUUGCUGGUCAAAGAGUUUCCAAAUUCAAGAAGUGGGCGAACCACUACUUUUAUGUCUGUGUCGAUCAGUACUCGCUUGUCAAUCCGUUGGGUAUCCAUCGGAGAGUGUGGAAUGAAAAUCCUGAUCGUCCAUUCUGCGCCACACGUCUAGCUCCGGACUAUCACUCUGUCAGGAACGCUCUACUAUCCGGGAACGAUCGUCGGUGGGAAUUUAUUACCCGUAUCUGCGUUGAAAAAGCGAUGGGCGAACCCAGGACAAUAUUCCCAAGUUUCGCGAGUUCGCUGGGACGAACUGCGGAGCCAGCUGGUUCACAUGUCAUUGAAUCCGACAGUCUCCAGAUCGUUCGCCGGGAAACCCAGGCAGCCAUCAAAGCCGAUAUAGACCCUCCUCAGGACCGAUCUGACGUUGAUCCUGUUCAGGAUCAGACCGUCGUCGAUCCCACUCGGGCUUCCGAAGAAGACGUCGACACUGUCGAUGUUGCUAAAGGCGACACUCCUCCCCUAGCCUUAGGGAAUGCCGACCCUCCGAUCGAUGAAGAAGAUGUUCCUCGGCUUGGAGCUGAACCGAAAAGGAAGAAGAGGAAACACAAAAAGAAGGCUCCGCAGCCAGCAGCAAGCCGCAAGCGCUCAGCCAAAGACGCCAGACUGGAAUCUGCCGACCGAUUCCGUUUGGCAAGAGAAAACGACAAAACGGACCGGUUUGCCUUUGAGUAUUUCGGCGAUACUCCUUUGGUCACAAGUCGUGAUGUUUCAGGCGAAUUUUUCCGCACCCUGAAGAUCUCUAGCCGAAUUCUUCCGUCAGCGGAUGAACUAGAGUUCCAUCAAGCGUUCCUUGACGUCGCCGAAUCCCACUUGAUGACUGCCGCCAGGAUGAACACGCUGACCCAACUGUACGAUAGGCGAGUCAAAAGCGAUAAAAAGUCUGGAUUCGAGCUUGAAAAGGUGAAGGAAUGCGCGGAACAAAUCCGAGUUGCCAGCAAAGCUAAAGACGAAAGGAUCAAGGAGCUUGAAGCUCUUCUUGCCGAAAAGGACGGUGUCAUCACCGAAUCCGAACUAAGGAUUGGCAAACUGGAUUCCCGAGCGCUUAUUCUCGAACGGGAAAAAUCCGAACUGCAGGGAGCAUGCAACGAGUUGAACAUCAAACUCGACUUUGAGGUUAAAAGACUUCGGCGGGAUUGUUUGGAGAAGGUGGAGCGGACAGCGAAGAAGGCGCAGACCCGAUUGAAUAAGGAAACUGUACAAUAUCUGAUCGAGAAGGGGGCCGUUAUUCCGGAGGAGCAAAUCGCUGAAAUUGAUACGAACAAGGCCAAAGCCGAGGAAACUAUCCAAGCGAUCGAAGUCCUCGAAUUGAAUGAAAACGACCUCGCCAUGUCCCCUGACCAGCUGGGCUAUGGACUUCUUCACCCCAGAACGUUGGCUCCAGACUCCGUCUACCAUCCGUAUGGCUCCAAUGCCGAGAGCUUCCAAGCCGACUUGACCGGUGCUUUGGACGCUAAUCUUUAA